AUGGAUCGUGAGGUUGAAGAAUCUGAGUUUAGACAAAGUGGAUCUUUUGGUCACGCAAGCAGUGUGGCUUCUUCUUUGAGGAGGCGUUCUUUAAGUUUAUCAGAUGCUGUCUCCCAUCAGGUGGACGGUGAUACUGAAAGUGAGUCAGUUUCAGAGGCAGGAGAUAUUGGGGAUCGCGCACUUCACAGCAACAGGUACAGUGGAAGUGGUAGACUUCACUUAUCUGCUGAUAAUGUGGUAGAAAAUGGGAUUGUCGUUCCCAUUCCAGAGGAUGCUCUGUUGCAAUCGUAUGGGGUUCGAUCUCGUGAUCUCGCUGCAUCAAUCACUAUCGCCCCGGUAUCCCCAUCAAUGUUGGAAAGCACAUCUUCUUUGUCCGCUGAAGCUAUUGCACACUCUGGAGACAACAACAAAGAUGAUACAAAGGAGCUUCUAUGGUUAGUGGAGUAUAUAUCAUGCCUUAUUCAUCUUGCCGUGUUUGGUAUUCUUGGGGUGUUAACAAGGUACUUACUGCAAAAACUGUUUGGCCCUGGAGUUGUUGGUGCAACAAAUGACCAAAGCUAUAUGUACCUUGAUCUUCCUUCUAAUAUGGUUGGUUCAUUCUUGAUGGGGUGGUGGGGCGUUGUCUUUAAAAGAGACAUAUCUAAAGUUUCGGAUCAGUUAGCCAUUGGGUUAACAACUGGUUAUUUGGGAAGCCUCACAACAUUCAGUGGUUGGAAUCAGAAAAUGCUAGAUCUCAGUGUUGACGGCCACUGGGUUUUUGCCGUGCUCGGCAUUCUCAUAGGUUUGUUCCUUGUUGCGUAUUCCAUCAUUUUUGGGAUCGAGACUGCCAAGGGUGUCAAAUGGCUUCUCAAGAGGUUAAUCAAAAGUUCAAAACAUGGCAUCUCUAGUUCAAAAAAUAACUGGAAAGUGGACACCUGCGAGCGCCACUUGGCAGUUGUGGUGGUGCUGUUAUUCAUGCUAGGCUUGUUAUAUGGUGUGAGUGGGACUUUGGAGAGAAGAGAGUUCAACAGUGGCAAUAGUGGAGCUCAGCUCUGGUUGGCUUGCAUGGUUGCACCUCUUGGUGUCUGGAUAAGAUGGUUCUUAGCACGACUCAAUGGACGUGGCCUAGGAAAAGCGGGCUUGUUGAAAUGGGUUCCUUUCGGAACUAUGAUUGCCAAUGUAUUAGCUGCUUGCAUCAUGGCAGCCCUAGCAACAGUGAAGAAAGUGGUGAAAACCAAGACUUGUGAUACUGUUGCAACCGGUAUACAGUUUGGGCUGUUGGGUUGUUUAAGUACUGUUUCUACAUUCAUUGCAGAAUUUCAUGCUAUGAGAGAGAGUAGACACCCUUGGAGAGCAUACACAUAUGCUAUGCUCACAAUUAUGAUCUCAUUUGGUUUCGGUACACUGAUAUACUCAGUACCUGUUUGGACCAAGGCAUAUGUUUAGUUUGUUCAGGUUCGUCUUUUAAUUCUUCCUUCAACCUGGCCUAAUGUAGUUGCUGCAGAAUGAUUGCACCUUUCAGCAUACAGUUGAUCUCUCAUGCUAAUAUGAUAUGGGCUUGGCUGAGUAAGCCUAUGUUCUAAUCUAUCGAAGUCAUGCUAGUCUACCCUGGUCAGUUCCUGGUUGAAUCUUCCUGCAUUAAUUGCUGUUGUAGUUGCUGAGAAAUUUGGUAACACUCUGAUCUUCUUAUUUAUGAAAUAUGCCUCUUCGUCUAGAGUACGCUACUUGGAUCCAAUUCACUGGCACAAUUUACUCAACCAAUCCACUGUUGCCAUUUGAUUAGCAAUGGGUCUCAAUAUUGAAUGGGAUCCAACUGCAGCAGUGGAUAGAGUUAGCAAAUUAUGUUAGUAAAUUGAGUAGAAGUCGCGUUGUUGAUUGUAUUUCUUUUUCCGUGAACAAGAAUUUCUUGUUUGCAUAAGGAACAUGAUGAAAUUGGCAUGGGGGAGCCAUAUAUUGUCCGUUGGGGUCAAGUGAUCUAAACAAAUCUAAG